UAACAAUACCCCAAAGAUACGUCGAUGAUCAAAAUCUCUGGUGUCAGUUUGGCUUCACUUUUGGUCAUAGGAUUACUCGUCCUCUCUCUUUCCUUGUCUAAGCUUUAACUCUUGAUUAUCCAAUGGUGUGAAGUUUAAGUUUACUACUUAUUACACAGAACAAGAUUUUGUUCUUUGUUAUUAUGCAUCAGAUGUCCCAAUGACAGUUCACAGUUUGGCGCCAGUCAAAUAAAAAGGAGGCAAAUAGACAAAACAUUUUUCUUGGAUCACGUUUAUUUGAUUCUUGUAACAAUGUAAUUUCUAUUUAAAUAACCAGCUGGGACAAUAUUAAAAUAUAUUGCAACCAUUCUAAAAUCCGAACAAAAUGAAUGCUGCAGCAGUUUCAGAAGAUUGUAAAUCCUUGAAAGUUUUACAUGUCAAUAAUAGCAGAAGAUCCCUAUUUCCUUCUGAACCUAUAGAAUGUGGGUCUGAUUCUGACUUGGGACAUAUCAGCCCCCUCAAUUUUGAUUCAAGUUUUGAAAAUGAAGAAAAUAUUUCAAAGCUUGAUCAAAGUUCCUUAGAUUCAGUAGCAGAUAUUGGGGACUAUGAUAUAAUAGGAAUAGUAGAUACUCAAGAAGUUAUGAUGUCGCCAUUACAUUUAAGUCCUUUUAUUAAGCAAUCUCUUAUGUCUGAAUCUCCAUCUAAAAUGUCUCCAACAUACAAAUUAAAAACCCCUCACGCUUCAUUAGAUACUAAUUGUAAACUUCCAAAAUUGUACCAUAAAUCUCUUUUAGAUUCUUCUGAAGGAUCUACCAAGCGCAAGUUAUCACCUGAUAAUUCUCCCGAACAAAACAAAUUUAUCAAAUUAGAUCCAAAAUCUUCUAGAGUCCGCACAACCCUUUUUCCUGAAGUAGAUUUUGCCCUCUCAACCAAACUAUUUUAUUCAAAUACCGAAAAUAUCAUGGACAAAAUUAAAGACAAAAGAGAAUCCAUUGUAAAACCGUCUACUCUCAAUAAACGUAAACCUAAAUCUAAAGGUAGGAUUAUUGGAAAGAUCAAUGCAGGAGUUAGUCAUAAAAUAAGAAAACCUAAGGCAAAAAAUAUACAACGAACAACUUUAGUAAAUUCAAAAUUAAGUGCAAUUGGGAAUAACGCAAUAACCGACUAUAUAGUAGAUCUAAAAAAAUUACAGAGUUCCCAACAAGCUCCAAAGUUAAUAAUCAAUAAAGAGAAUACAGAUCCAGUGUUACAACACCAAAAUCAAAUAGUCCCAACUAAACAAUCUUUUUCUCAAACAAAUCAAAUCGUACCUGCCAUAACUCCUGCAAAAGAAAAUACAAUCUUGGUAAAACACCCAUCUUGUCCGGAACCACAACCAAAUCCCAAUAAAAAGUUCUUUAAGUUUGCAAAAUCUAAAGCCGUAGUAAAAAUGAACAAAACCAUAGAAUUGAAUGUUGACAAUGGGAGAAUGUCAUUGGUAGACCAAAAUAAAAAAUCCGGAAAUACAGAACGUAACAGUUUUGAUAUGAGUGACUUCUAUGCAGACGAUCCUGAACUGCCAGUGACAAAUAUUGAAAACAUUCUUUCUUGUUUAGAAGAGACAUCUUUAGAAAGUAAAAUAACUCUUCAAGCACAUACCUCUAUAGCUGCUUCUGAAAAUUCAAUUCUCUUACACCAACCCAUGUGUACAGAGGACUUGAUAUUAUCUCCUAUUUCACAAAUGUGUGAUGUUACAUCUGGAUUGGCUCUAAAUAGUCCUAAGAGAGGUAGAAAUCUUACUCCAGUGUUAACCAAAAUGUCAGAUACUUCAAGGUCAGCAAUGAAUGGAAAGCUCUUUCCAGUUUUCUACCCAGGAUCUACAAAGACCCCUGCAAAAAUUGAAAAAUCUAUCCAUUCUGACAAACAGUUCAAGAAAUUAUCGAAUACGCAAAUGCUCUUGGAUGCCGGACAAAAGAAAUUUGGUUUAACAGAAUGCCAUAUCUGUGGGCUCGUGUAUCAUAUGGGGGAUCCCAGUGACGAAAUAAUGCACUUAAACUACCACAGUGCCCAGCAUAUACUAAGAUUCCAGGGCUGGAAAAAUGAAAAGAUCGUGGCAACUUACCACAAUGGUAGAAUCAUACAAAUUUUACCAGGAGAUUCGAAAAUAUGGUGGAAAAAAGUCAGUGAGCUAAUGCAUGUUAUCAAUCAGGAUAUUGGCUGUUACGAUGUAGACAUAUCUUUAGAUAACUGUCAGGCUUUCUUGUAUAUAAAGAAAAGGGAAAUUGCUGGUUGCCUAAUAGCUACCGCUAAAUCAGAUGGUUAUAAAUUACUUUCUCCAGUUGAUAACGAAGUUGACAUUUGUUCAGAGACCACGUAUCCGAUAAAAUGUGGAAUUCCAAGAUUAUGGGUGUCGGCAGCUAAUAGAAAACAAGGAAUUGCAACAGAAAUGAUGAAUUCCUUAAAACGAAAUUUCAUUUUAGGUUAUACAUUAAAAAAUUCUGAUAUUGCCUUUAGUUCCCCUACAGAACAAGGAAAGAGGUUUGCCCAGUGCUAUUUUAAAACUAACAAUUUCUUUAUUUACUAUGUUUAAGUUAUAAUAAGUUAUUUUAUCAGUGUCACAGAAGUCAAAUCCUAGACUUGAGCCAAAGAAAAAUGAAAAAAAAAUGCAUCUUAUGCCAAAAGUUCUCUUUGGCAUUUUUUUGAAAGUUUAGAAUGUGGUAUAAAUUGCAGUGAAGGAAUUCUAUAACAUAUGUCCUAAAAGUUUUGGUACAAAAUAUAUAUCGGAUUUGUUUAAUGAAGAAAUUUAUUUAAUUUUAAUUUAUUUAAUUUAUUUAACUAGUUAUCAUAAAUUACAACUCAAUACUUAACUAAACUAUACUAUCGAAUUAUGUAGAGUGGCCCACGUAGACGCAAGUUUCUUUGAAUGUCUCUCACGAGGUCCUGGACAGAAUUCAGAUCAAUUUAGUCGCUCUUUUAAUAGUUCUUCAUUUUGAGCUUCCCAGACUCUAUGAUAAACCUUCCUAGACAGUAAAGCCCAAAAAUCCUCUAUUGGACGAGUCUGCUGCAAGUUUGGUGGAUUAUCGUUUGUGGGAAAAGGGGUAUGUGGUGUUGUUGAUGCCAGUUUUCGAUAUCUCUUGAGUAAUGGCAUGCUGUUAGGUCUGGCCAAAAUAUAAUAUCGUCACUAGCUUGAUGUUUGUGGACAAACUGAAGAAAUUUGGAAAGGCAGUCAUCAAUAUAGCUCUGACUAUCCAAAUCAUCACCCCAGACUCUUCCCACAAAAGUUCGGGAUGUACCCCUGUAAAAAAUUGCGCACCAGUUGGUGCGCAAUAAAAUUGGGCAGAGAAGUGGGCAACGUGAAUGUGUAAAUAGCUCACUCGCGCUGCCGCUGCUAAUGCUACUGCCAUUGCACGGCGCUCCUUCAAAAGUCGGUUUUCGAGAUGGAAGUCAAAGGACUGGCAGCGCGAGCGCGAGUAAGCAUUCACAUUAAACUACUCUCUCUCUCUCACUUGCCGCCGGCAAAGCGGCAAGUGAGUAAGGGAACAAGACGAUGCUGUCGUCACAUUCCAUUCUUGAGAAAUGAGCUGUGAGGACAUUGGCGAGGAACUGAUGUGAACACCUCACUCGCGUCGAUAUCGUAUUUCGGGCAAUGUUUCCGGCAACGGCAGCAGCGGCGGCAAUGGCUGAGUAUAAAUCCGGCAUAAGGUGUCUGUAUAAAAUCCACCGUUUCCCUUCAUUAUUUCAGAAUUGAAAUAUUUUUCAUCUAAAAUAAUGAAAUUUUCAUUGGCAGAGUGUACUCAUCUUAGUUGACAACAUCAUCUUGGUAUAAAAAGGAGUUGCGCUUGAGAGUAUUUGGAACAUUUACGCCUCUUUCAAUAUUUAAUACUAUUUUUCCUAUAUUCCAACAAUAUCGUACUCUUAGAAGAUCUGUAUUGACGAGCCAAUCUUCUAGUUGACAUUUCUGGGUUUUUAUUCUUCUCAUAAAUCUGUGCUCUGUACGUAAAGAGAGUUUAGUCCUAAAACACCGUUUUGAGAUAAACGCGUUUAAAGUUUGCAACAUCCCGUGGCGCACUUAAUAACUCAUUAGUGUACAGUGUGUUAAGUCCCAAAAUUGUGGGACUUAACACACUGAGUCUUCCUGUUUCUUAAAUAAUCAUGCGUCUAAGUUCAGGACUUAACACGCUUUACACAUAUUGUUUUUCAUUAAUUUCUCAGUUUAAAAAUGGAAUUGGACUUGACAAAUUAUACACACAUGUAGAUAUCAAAUUCUACCAUACAGAUAGUGCAUUUUCUAAUUUCGACCAUUUUUGGACUUAACUCGCUUUACUCACAGAGCACAGAAAUUUUAAAUUUUAUUCUUCUUCUCUGACAUGAGACGUGGUAUUUCCUGCUCGCACUCCGCUACUGUUCUAUAAAUGGUUCUAUACCCUAUUUCACGAAUAUACGACUGUUUUGGAUUAUCUCGACAACGAAUAUUUUACUGUGUAAAAUAUGAAGAACGAAAGUAAAUUGCAAAUUACAUUGUUACUUAUUGAAAUAACUAUUAGACCAGGACUAAUCUGUAAAAAAACGUCUAUUUUUGGAUGUGAGAGGUGGCAUUCGGAUUUUUGCAGAUAAAGUUAGGUGACAACUUCAAUAAUUAUAAUUGACUUAUGCUCCUUCUCAAAUAUGCCCGGAACAUUAAUAAAAAAAUUAAAAUAAUUAAAAAUUUCGAAAAACAUCGAUUUUUUUCUGCUUUCUUUGUUUAUAACUUUAAAACGAUUCGUUUUGGAACAAAGUCGCAGAGAAAUAGAAUAAAGAUAAUUGAAUUUUGUAUGAUAUACGACUGGUCAAAAAUGUCUUAAGGUAUUAUCUUUUCUGCAAUAUAGCAGUAAAUACAAAAUAAGGGGGCAAAAUACGUCUGUUGUUAUUCAAUGUUUCUUAACCCCUUUGGUGGCACUUAGAACCUUAGUAAUUCGCUAAGAAAAUUCUUAUAACUUAUUUAAACGGUCUACCAAAUUUCAUAAUCGACCUAAUAGAUUAUGCAUAAUAAAUUUGCAAUCUAAAUGUUUUUAAAAAAGUUCAAAUUUUAAAAAAUCUUUCUGAACAAAAAGUAGACCAUUUAGAAGUUGGCUAAUUUUUUUACAUAUAAAGAGGUGUUUUACCUCUCUAAUACACUUUACAGAAUUAAAAUCGGAUUAUUUAAGGGGCCUCAGCAAUGUUUUAAAAUUAUAAACAAUUUUUUUGCUUAUAAACAAAUAGCUUUAUUUAAUAAUAAAAAAAUUAAUUUUUAGCAAUGCAAAUAAUUAAAACCGGUAUAAUUUGACUUAAACUUUCAAAUGCUGUCAGCAGAAUUGCUAAUUUAUUUUUUAAUCAAAAGUUAUUCGCGCUCAAAAAUUGCAAUUUUUCGAUUUUUUGAAAGUUUCACCGCGUUUAUCUCAAAAACUAUGCAUCCUACAAAAAAACUGUUUUAUUUUGCGAAAAAUCGAUGUUAUGUAAUUCCUCAAGUUCUUUCUAGAUUAUAGAUUAUAACCAUUUACUUUUCUACUUCUUAUGUUGCACACUAAAAUACUCGUUGUCGCGAUAAUCCAAAACAGUCAUAUAUUCGUGAAAUGAUCCAUAUGUGAAAUAUUUUCAUUCUGGAAUAUUCGAAAGAUUUCAGCUUUUUAACCCGCCAAUUCAACUUGUAGAUACUUUUUAUUAUUUCUAAUUUAUACAACAUCUUAGUUAAAAUUAAGCCAAUGAAUUUUGGACCAAAACUUUUAGGACAUACGUUACUUCAUGUCUUAUUGUAAUGCUCGGAUUUCUUAAAAUAUUGUAGUUUGAGAGGAGAUAUAUAGUCCAGGGCUCAUCUGUUUUUAGAUGGACGUUGAGAGGUGACUCAAAUUUUUUUGCAGAAAUUGCUUAAAAAUAACUCAAAUAAUAAUAUUUGAGUUAUCCUCCCACUCAAAAUGGUCCGGAACAUUGUUUAAAUAAUCAAAAUUUCAAAAUAUGAAGGAAAAAUUCGAUUUUUUUAUUGGUUUUUUAAAUAUAACUUUAAAACUGUUCAUUUCUGAGAAAAGUUGUACUGACUUAAAAGUUGAGUAAUUAAAUUUACUAUAAUAUAGAAUUGGUUAAAAAUUUAAAAAAUAGUCACCCUUGUUGCAAAAUAGCAAUACUUGCGAAAAAAAACCAUACAAAAACAAGUAUUCGCAUUUUACGUCUUUCAACCAUUUAUGCUAAACUUAGACCUUCAUAUUUUACCCAGAAAAACUUUAUGAUAUAGUUAAACAACACUGUAAAUUUCAUUAAGAUCGGUGUAAUACAUUUUGCAAAAUAAAUUUUGAAAUCCAGCUUUCGCAAAAAAAAUUCAUUUUUUAAAAAUGUUGCAGGACUGAAAAUAAAGCAGAUAGUAAGUUGAUUUUUUUUUUGCUUAUAGAAGUGUACUGUACCUUUCAUUUGCAAUUUACAAAAUUAAAAUCGAGUAAUUACCACGGCGUCAGGAAAUUUUUUAAUAAAACAUUAAUUUUUGGUGCUGCGUGCAGGGCAGCGGUGUUCGAUUCACACAAGUUGAUUUCCAUCAAAAUUUGUUCUAAUCUUUAUUUAAUAUAUUAUUUUCUUACUCUAUAUUUUGUUGUAUUUUAAUAUUUUAAUUUCACAAAAAUCAAACUAAUUUUAUUAUUGUUUGUGAAAUAUUGUUUAAACAAUUGCAUAUGUUUAAAAAUAAUAAACUUUUAUUCUCUAAGUUAAAAUAUAUGAACAAAGAAAGUUUUUGCUAAAAAAAGUGUUAUUUCAAAAGAAAGAGUAUGUGUUUUUAUUUUGCAAUAAACAAAUUUAUUUAUUUAUAUCGAAAUGUAAUAAAAAUUAAAAUGUAUCAAUCAUUAUCAAAGGUCAUUGAAAUGCCCAAUCAGAGCAAACUAUCCGCUGUCCUGCGCGUAGCACCAAUAAUUAAUGUUUAUUUAAAAAAAUUCCUGACGCCGUGGAAGUUAAUCGAUUUUAAUUUUUUAAAUUGCAAAUAAAAGGUACUGUACACUUCUAUACGCAAAAAAAAUUUCAACUUGCUAUCUGCUUUAUUUUCAGUCCUGUAACAAUUUUAAAAAACGAAUUUUUUUUGCGAAAGCUUUAUUGCAAAAUUUAUUUUGCAAAAUCUAUUGAACCGAUCUUAAUGAAAUUUACAGUAUUGUUUUACUGUAUCAUAAAGUUUUUCUGGGUGAAAUAUGAAGGUCCUAAGUGUAGCAUAAAUGGUUGAAAGACGUAAAAUGCGAAUACUUGUUUUUGUAUGGUUUUUUUUCGCAAGUAUUGCUAUUUUGCAACAAGGGUGACUAUUUUUAAAAUUUUUAACCAAUUCUAUAUUAUAGUAAAUUUAAUUACUCAACUUUUAAGUCAGUACAACUUUUCUCAGAAAUGAACAGUUUUAAAGUUAUAUUCAAAAAACCAAUAAAAAAAUCGAAUUUUUCCUUCAUAUUUUGAAAUUUUGAUUAUUUAAACAAUGUUCCGGACCAUUUUGAGUGGGAGGAUAACUCAAAUAUUAUUAUUUGAGUUAUUUUUAAGCAAUUUCUGCAAAAAAAUUUGAGUCACCUCUCAACGUCCAAAUGUACUAAUAUUUUUACAGAUCCGCCCUGGUCUAAUAUAGAUGUAAAAUCAUUUUCUUAAAAAUGUCGGCCUGGUUAGGGAUUUCGAUUAAACUAUGCUCUCUUUUUAAACCAGGAGGAGUAAUUCAAAUUUAUCGCGCCAUAAUGUUUGUUUGUAAUUGGUCCAGCGUCAGGCAAGUUUACUCCCCUGUUUUGAAAUUUUGACACUAUUGACAUUUAUGAAAUUUUGACACUAUUGGCAUUUCAUAGGUUAAUUAAGUUAAACCGGCGAUUUUUUGUUUUUUUCUGCGUUAUUCCUUUAAUUUUUAGAUUUUCAGUCUGCUUUUAUAUAAAAAAGCAGUUGUUUUUAGAAUUAAAAAAUGCGAGAUCCUUUGUAAAAUGUAUAUUUAAAAUUCCCAAAAUAAGGGUUACAUUAAAUCACAGAAGGUUUUCGGAUUAACUACUCCAUCAUCAGUGUUAUUAAAUGCCCUAAAAUAUGUAUAACCUAAUUCGUGGCAGAUCUAGACAUUUGCCGUGGGAGGGGAAAUUUUGCCUUAGGAGUGGAACUUUUAUUGACACACUAACCAAAAAACAUAAAGAUAAAUCCAAAUUACAUAAAAGACAUAAAUAGUAACUUAAGUUUCGUUAAUUUUCCUAACUAGCGCUUUUAUUGGGUUUGAUUUGUCUGUGGUUUAAGUUUCAGCUAAUAUAUUUUUAUAUUUCAACAACUUUUGUCUUUACUGUUGGACGUUGUUAGGGCCAUUUUCCCUCCCCGUAGACCCACCACGGGUUAAGAAAAAGGUUUAAAAAAGUUGAAAAAAGUUGUAUAAAAGGUUAAAAAAUGCAAGAGAUCAUACUUACAAAAAGUAGCAUGUCUGAGCCACCAAAAUGUUUUGUAUUCAUUUGGCCAUUAACUUCAAUAUAUGUGAGGUUUUAAUCCUCAAAUUCCAACCACAUGGGAAGAGUCCUGUGUUGCCCUGGGUAAUAUCCAGGUAUAUUUGCAACAUCAAUAAGUAUUUUUAUUAAUAUGUAGUAUAACACAACAACUGUAGACAUUUAAAGGGUUUUUACCCAAAACAUUUUGAUGGCUCAGGCAUGCUCAGGCAAUCUAAUUUAUAAAUCUAGCCGAUACACAGUUUUUCCCGUACCAUACAAUUUAGGCUUUUACUAUUUCCCUCAAUAUCCUGCUGAUGAUGAGAUUCUUCCUUCUUUUUGCGAGUUUAUAAACUAAAAGUAUAUUUUAUAAGUAGGAGUACCAAAUUUUGUAAGUAUUUUAUAUAAAACACUAUUUUGGUUAUUUUUGAUAAAAUCUGUAUCGCUAAAAUUGUUUCUACUUCAUUGGCAAUUGAAUGCGAUUUUUCUUUGGGCUGAUAUCUUUAGGAUUUAACUUCAUAGUCAGUAUUACUUUUAUAUACGUUUACAAGAGUACAAUGUCUUAUCUUAAAAUAUGGUUACGUGUUUAUAUUGAUAAAUAUAAUAUAUUCUUUUAGAUAUAUGUAUAUUUUUUAAUAGAACUUAUUUUUUACUUAAAUUAAGGAUGUUUAUAGUUAAAAAAUUAGCAAUUAUUCAGUUUUCUUAAAGUUUAUUUAAAAUUGUCACUAUAGGCUAUUCUAUCGACUUACAAAAACUAGUUGAUAACUAGAUAAGAACUAGAUAAUGUCACAAGACUAGCGAUGGAGUUCAAGAAUUUUUGAAUGCAGAUUAUAGAUAACGGCUUAAAAGAUCUUCAUCAUUAUUAGUGAUGCUACAAUCCUAAUUGAGCCUGACCUUCCCCAGUGUAUUUCGCCAGUCGAUUCUGUUGGUGUGAUGAGUAUUCUAUAUAAUGUUUGUUUUUAGUUGCUUGCUUAGUACAAACUAACAUUUGUUUGCAAGCAGUAUCAUUCAUUUUACUUCUUCAGAUGUGUCAUUGUCGCUUGUUAUGAGGGAACCCAAAUAGAUAAAUUAAAAUUUUAAAAUUAAACUAUAAUUUUUAGUGCUUUAUACUGAAGUUUUAUUAGCUAUUUCUUACUCUGUUUAGAAUUUUGCGCUCAAAACGUUUAAGCAGUUCUUGGUCCCUCUGUGUAAGGGACUACGUUUAUUUUUCAUUUGUUAGCACUGGUCUACUAGUGUUUUAUAAACGGUCAGUUUCAUAAUUUUUCUGGGUAGUUUUGAGGCCAUCGGUCUUCUGAAGCCAUAGUAACACUUAUUGGCAAGCACUAUUAUUCUUUCAAUUUUGUCAUCAGCGAUUUUAGCAAGGUUAAAUAAAAAAUACUUGAUGUCUUAGUCCAUUUUUGCAAUGACAGGGCCUUGAAAGAUCGUUCUGGAUUCUGACCAUACUCGCUACUCCUGUGAGUGUAAGUUCUGUUAGUUGGAUAAGAUGAUGCGAUAUUUGGAAUUCCACCUUAGCGACAUUUGGAAUCUGCCUCACUGUAAAGAUUUGGUCAGUGGUUAAUUUAUUAGGUCGGAAGCCGCACUGAUAUCCUCCCACUAUUCGUUCGGCGUAGGGGAGCAAUAUUUUGUACAAUACGUUGGCACAGCAUAAUAAACGAAAUCAGCAAGGACAUACUACGAUGCCGCCUUUGAAGUUAAAAAGUACGGAGCCGACAUUGAUCGAGUAGUACAUCUCAGUGGUGAUGUGAUGUGUUCGUUCAUCAGUGUUGCCGAUGUCACUAUAUGAAAUUAUAUUAAGCCACUGCUAAAAUGAGCAGAUUUUGCUAAAAAUUAUGUUAAAAUUUUUGAUCUUGGUAGUUUCUAAGGGUAAUAAAAAUACAUUAAGAAAAAAGUUAUUUUAUUCAACUUAACUUGUUAAUUCAAAAAUACUUGUAACAAAGUUAUAUAUAACAUCAUAUAUUGUACUAUAAUAAAACUAUAUCUGGAACGCUUUCAAAUAAAAUUUCCACAUCCUCAUCUUGUGAAAAUGAAGACUAUAUUAUGUGAUUAAAAAAAUUUAACAUUUUUUGAAUGUUUGAAAGGAGUAACAUUCUUUUACUCCUUCACUUUUGCUAACACUAAUUUAAUAUUUGCUCACAGAUGGCAUUUAAACGUCGACAGACAACGAUAUCUAAGAAAACGUGAUUUUUUUUAUUUCUGCAUUGCUGCAGUAUCAGUUAUUGCACUAGCUUUAUUAUCCGUAAGAGAUUCUUUUUGCAAAAGAUCUUUUCUUUUUGAAAAGAUUAACACUACAAUCGCCAUUCAUCUUCAAUAUUUUGUGUUAUGUCCCAAUUAUUGACAUAAUUCCCACAGGCAUACGUAUAAAAUUAUGUUAAAAAAUGUCAUAAAAGUUAAGUAAAUCUGAUAAUUAUGUACAAAUCGGCAACACUGUCGAUUUUCUACACUGUCUGGUACUACGCGAAAAAUGGCCGACGAUCUGCGCAGUAAUAUGGCAGUAAUAGUGCUCGAACUUUUCCCGCCUUCUAGUGUGUCACUGCUGUUGCGUUUUCUAUGCUGUCACGUUGGGCAGUAGUUCAUAUGCUAUGUUGAGUACUGUGAUGCCUCUAUAAUUAUCACACACCAUCAUGUCUCCCUUUUUGUGAAGUGGAUACAGUAUGCCCAAUUUCCAGUCUGUGGGUGUUUCUUACUGUUGCCAGAUUUGUUUUAUUUUAUACUUAUACAAAAUAUACUAGACAAAGCCAGAUUUGUUGUUAAUUGGUGCAUAUGUUUCAAAAGAAAAACCGCCGUUUUUAAAAACUUCAGCAGUGAGAUUAUCUGAACCAGGGGAUUUGUUAUGUUUGGAAUGUAUAGUUCGACCUUUUAAAUAAACUUAAGAGAACAAGUGGAACAAAUAAAUCUCUGUAAUUGAAUCUGCCAUACACAGUAACUUAAUGAUAUUUUUGUAAUUCGAAUUUUUGUACAGUAAGUUUUUGUAAGUUUAUAUAAUAAAUUUUACAUUUUGCAGCAAA